AUUAUUGACGAAGUUCAUUUCAAUUCCAUAACUUUAGUAGCUGUCAAUCAGUUGGUCGUAUUUCUUGGAAUUUUGUGUCUGCAAUUUGGCGUCCUUGAAAUUAAGUUUUGUAAAUUUGUGUUCAACCCAAAGAAGUAACGCUAAUACUUCAGAAACUCCCCCAAUCCCAUUUCCACUUGAUUUUGAGGAGCGCUUUUACAAAUUGCGCAGCACAAAGUCAGACGCGCAGUAACGGGACUUUUUUUGAUAAAUUUCUCUUUGAAAUGUUUCGCAGCAGUAGCAGCAGCCUGGAAGGCAACGCAGCCGCAACAACAACAAGCGACAAUUUUGGCGCCUCAGCGACGGGUUUUAAUGCUAGAAACGGUGGUGCUGGAGGUAAUCUCAACUUGUUGGGCCUACAAGACAUGUAUUUGGACACGGUCGGUGGUAAUAUACCAAUUGUGCCAACACCGCCGCCCACCCCUUUAACCCCAGAGUCUCCAGCUCCAUUCGGAUCGCAGGCUGCAACUCAGUUUCCCUUGCUGACGGAUAAUGCCAAUGUUAAUGCGAUGAAUGCUGCCACUGCAGCCAACACACUGUUAUUUCAACGCCAAUAUCAUUACCAUUUACUGAUUCAACAGCAACAACAACAAUUGGCCUUGGCGCAGCAUCAGUUGGCCCUUGCUGCUUCGGCGGCAGCGGCCAAUGCUGCAACGAAUCAUCAGCAAAAAGACGAGAUAGCACGCUCUUUAAAGAUAUUCGCUCAGCUGACAACGAACACGGCAGAGCAUGCCGCUGGUUCUACCCAGGAUGUAAUGCAAGAGUUUGCAUUGAAUGGAUAUGUCAGCGAUGAUUUAAAUCGCUUUCAAUCGGUCCAGUCUCCCCAAUUGCAACAGCGGCAUUUGACGCCCACCUUUACAGCCGCAUCAGGCAGUGCCGGAGCCAAUAUGGCUGCUGCCACAGCAAAUGCAUUUCCUAUGACAACUGCCAAUUGGCUAUACAACUACCGUGAGCAGUUGAACAGUGUGUGGCGCAACAUGUCCUAUAUGCCAGCAGCUACAAUGGCUGCCGUGCAGAACCAGGUGAAUGCCGUACAGGGUGCUUUGAAUGUGCCUAUUCAACUGUCGGAGCCAAUGCGCAAUCCCAAUCCUACCAAGAUGAACAAGCGUUAUAAAACCAAAGAGAUUAGCCGCCAUUGCGUCUUCUGUGAGAACAACAAUGAACCCGAGGCAGUGAUCUACAGUCAUACUGUGCGCGAUAGUUUUAAUCGUGUGCUAUGCCCCAAAUUGCGCACAUACGUGUGCCCCAUAUGUGGGGCAUCAGGUGAUUCUGCGCAUACCAUUAAAUACUGCCCAAAGAAACCUAUUAUAACCAUGGAAGAUGCCAUCAAAGCGGAGUCCUUUCGUCUGGCCAAAAGCAGCUACUACAAUCAACAAAUGAAAGUAUAAGAGGCAAUCUCAAGAAAAGCGAGACCAAGACUCUGGCAGUCUCAUCUCGAUUACUUCCAACUGAAUUUUUUUUUUUUUUUUAAUUUAAAGACCUUAUAUAUGCGCCUUAUAGCGCCCGGCGCGUUCGAUUUGAUCAAGUUUUCGAAACUUGUCUAAGCAAGUCAAUCGGAGUGAAUUGAUUCAGUUCACUUAAACUUAAAUUUCAUAUAAUAUUGAUAUAUAUAUGUAUGUGUUCACCUCGUCUCUUUUGGGUAAGAAACUAUGUAAUAUUUUGAUCGAGGAAUACUUACAAUAUCGUAAUACUUGUAUAGUCGUUGUGGCCUAUUCAAACAUCUUAUAAUCCGAAAAUAUUUUGGUGUACAAAAUUUCGCCAACAUAUUUUUUUUUUUUUGAAACAAUAAGCCAAAAAAAAAUUUCCACUGGCCUUUUUAUAUAUAUCCCACUGAUGUAUUUAACAAUGAUAUAAUUUCUGUUUAUUUAUAUAUACAUAUAUAAAUAUGUAUAUGUAUGAUUUUUUUUAGUAUUUAAUUUAAUAUUUUUUUUUUUCGAAAAUAACACUGAAUUUGUAAUUUAGUUUGAAAUUUUGCUAAAGGAAAGAGCAAAGAACACUUUCGAGGGCAACAAAUUCUUUGUACAAGUUUUUAAAUAUUUGACAUUCGUUAUCAAGAAACAAACAAUCAAGCAAAAAUGUUAAUAAACCAAUCGGAUUUUUUUUUUAAUUCGUGUAUAUUUUGAUAAUAUACAAUUUUUAUUAUAUUUAUUUAAUCAUUUUCAUUCAAACACAUUCCAAGUAAAUCAAAAAUGUUCAUUUUAUUACAUUAGUUCAUUUUGUAUUAUUUUUUUUAUUUAAACGCAAAAAUUAUGAAGUUGAAAAAAUGCAAUCGAUACAAAAAGUUCGAAAUAAAGAUAUAAUUUCCAAAUCUUA